CCCAGUGCCUGGACCAUCAUGGAGGCUGCACUUUGGGGGUGCCUAAGUUUGCUCUGUCUGCAGGGCAGCUUUCUCCAGCUCACACAUGGUGCAGACUGUCCUGGGACAUCACAGGGGGAGGACUGUGUCAGUGGGCAGACCACCGGAGGAAAGAAUGAUGGGCUUGUGCGGCUGAUGCCAUCUACUGCAAUAAAGACCCAUACCAAGAAACAGCGACAGAGAGGACGACCUGGGGCACUCUCUGCACUUGGUUUGUUGAUAGGUAACGACAUGCCAUCAGAUGUGUCAUUGGACAGAAAGAAGAGACAGUCGGGGUGGAACUCCAUCCUUCCUGGGUCCUUCUCAGCCAAGGGUUUCCCCAACACACUCAUCGAAGUUCAGACAGAGCGGACCAGGAGACACCUAGGCCAGUCUGGGACCAAGAAGAAGAACAAGCAUAAAUCCAGAGUGGGAUCCUUCUCUCUCCUCAGCAACAACAACCCCAGAACCUCCCUACAGGUAACCAGAGUACGGAGGCAGGUGCAGAAUGAGAGGAAGAAGGUCAAGCCAAGAGGACGACCAGGAGCGUUCUCCGUUCUGGCACGACCCAGCAAAUCUGCAUCCACUCCCACCUGAGUCAAUCAAUCAACUAACCAGUCAAUCAAACUUUUUUUGCCCCCUGAGCUAAAUUCUGUUUGCAAGCAUACAAAACAGUGAAAAACCAAUCACACAAAAUAGUUCAAAACAGUUUACCCCUCUGUUAAAUUCACCUCUAUCUGAUUUGUAACUAUCUAGUCUAAAGUAAAUGUUUGAUGUGAACAAAUGAAUAACUUGACUCUUUCCCUAGGGACAGAGACGCAAGAGGAGCGCACAGAAGAAGAAACAGACCAAGAUAAUUGUUUGUUCCUAAACAAGUUACUUUGCUGAAGUGCUAGUGCUUCAAUAGUUCAUAAACUGUACAUUAUAUAUUCUCUUUGCAAACAUAUUGGUUUUAUGUAUAUUAUUAAUAUAGUAUUUUCUGAUAUUUUUAAACAUCAUUUUAUUUUUUAAAAGGUGAUUAUUUGGUAAUUCUGUGCAUAUAUCAGAUUCAAAUGAAGUCAACAUGUAUGAAGAUACUUCAUGAGAACUUGUCCCAAUAUAAGGCUACAGAGGGCUGCU